AUGAGCGAGGCAGAGAGCGUCGAAAGCAAGCGUAAGCGGCAAGACAGCAUCAACAAGAGCCAAGUCACCGACGAAAUUGUUACUCCCGAAGCAGAACCCCACUCGAAGCAGCAUCAGCCGAGGACCCAACAGUCACAGAGGCCACGCACAAGCGAAGACGGUGAAGAAAACACAUCAGGCAGCGAAGAGGCCAAUGUCGCAACAAAGUCUGUAAAGGCAAUCGAGUUGGAUCAGAAAGACAAAAAGGAGCCUGUUGCCGCCGCCGCCACACCUGUGUUUGGGUCCCGAUUUGGCUUUGGUAUGGGCGGAUUUGCCAGCGCUGCCAAAAAGGCCUCGCCAUUUGCAGCGUUUACUAGCGGCGCGAUGAGCAGUGGGUUUGCCAAAUACGCAGCCAAAAAGGAAGAGCCCAUGGGAGACAGCGCCGAUGAAGGCAGUUCGUCUGCCGGGCGCGCAAUCCCUCGAGGGCUGCCCGACACCCACCUGCCCUAUAACCCCCAUUGUGCCCUCCGGCCCCGUCCUCACUUUCGAAGAGGACGAGACCUGCCUGUUCACGACAAAGGCCAAGCUCUUUGCGCUUGUUGCGGGCAAUUGGAAGGAGCGCGGCGGCGGCCAGUUAAGAUCAACCGCCAUAACGAAAACCAUGCGCGCCGCCGCAUGGUUAUGCGCACCGAUCUCACCUUCCGCCUCAUCCUCAACUCGCCCAUGUUCAGCGGUAUGAAGGCCGAGUGCGAGCGCAAGUUUGUUCGCUUUGGCUGCAUCGAUGCAGAGACCAAAUUGCCCACGACGCUGGCGUUGAGAUUUCCCAAUGAGGCCGCUGCUGCGUCUGCGCACGCUGCGAUUGUGGAAAACAUCCCGCGGGAUGUGGCUGAGGAGACGCUCCCCAAGGAGGACAGCAAAGAAGAGACUGAGGGUGGGGAGAGCGGUAGUGAGGCCAGUGAAAGCGCUGUGAGCAGCCGUGGAAGAUCGCGAGGAAGAAGAAGAGGAGAAGAGCUGGACUCGGAGAACGAAGCGGAUAACAGCGAAGAUGACGCCGAUGGGCAAAAGAAGGCUGGUCCCAACUCCCAAUAA